CUUUUAACAUUGUUGUUGUUUAUGUCAGCCGGAGGAGGUGAUGUGGCAGCUGUGUGCCAUCAAGAUAACGGAGGCCAUCCAGUACGUGGUGGAGUUCGCCAAACGCAUCGAUGGCUUCAUGGAGCUCUGUCAGAACGACCAGAUAGUGCUGCUCAAAGCAGGUUCUCUUGAGGUGGUGUUCAUCAGAAUGUGUCGUGCCUUUGACUCUCAGAACAGCACCGUCUACUUUGACGGGAAGUACGCCGGGACCGACGUCUUCAAAGCAUUAGGUUGUGACGAUCUGAUUCGUCUAGUCUUUGAGUUUGGGAAGAGUAUGUCUGUCAUCCAUCUCUCUGAGGAGGAGAUCGCUCUGUUCUCAGCGUACGUCCUGAUGUCUGCAGAUCGGACGUGGCUUCAGGAGAAGGUGAAGGUCGAGAAGCUGCAACAGAAGAUCCAGCUGGCUCUCCAACAUGUCCUUCAGAAGAACGGCAGAGAGGACGUGGUCCUCACUAAGUUGAUAUGCAAAGUGUCGACCCUGCGGGCGUUAGUCAGCCGGCAUACAGAGAAGCUGACGGCCUUCAAAGCAACCUACCCAGACAUUGUCCAAGCCCACUUCCCUCCACUAUACAAGGAGCUGUUUGACUCAGACUUUGAACAGGGCUCCGUGUCCAUAGACGGCUAGCCAAGGACCCGUCGGUAUACUACCGUACUGUAUCUGCCCUGUACUGUAGUUUACUUUCAUGGAGCCAGUGUUGCUCUUCGGGAGACAGAGAGACACGUUGAACGAGAGACACUCAGACAGUUGGUCCUGUCCCUGACCUGCUCUUACCCUGGACAGACAGAUGACUUGUCUCUGUUCAUGAGACAGAGAGACACGUUGAACGAGAGACACUCAGACAGUUGGUCCUGUCCCUGACCUGCUCUUACCCUGGACAGACAGAUGACAUGUCUCUGUUCAUGAGACAGAGAGACACGUUGAACGAGAGACACUCAGACAGUUGGUCCUGUCCCUGACCUGCUCUUACCCUGGACAGACAGAUGACAUGUCUCUGUUCAUGGUCGUCUGUCUUGUUUUCUGUGUCCUCCUGGAUGAUGAGUUGGUUAGGAUGUUUCUGGGAGGAAAAAAAACAUUCAAGCACUUAGAAAAUCAACAGCCUUUCCUCUCACAACAACAAACCUAUUGGGACACGGGGAGCGGAUUCAGUCACAACAACAAACCUAUUGGGACACGGGGAGCGGAUUCAGUCACAACAACAAACCUAUUGGGACACGGGGAGCGGAUUCAGUCACAACA